UCUACCAACUCCCUUCUCUCUCUUAUUUACUAUUCUCUCAUUCCUCUCUCUAACUUAAGCAUCAGAGGAGGUCCCAGGAUCCACCUGAGGACCUUUCCUUGCAGGGUUUCGGAGACCGCCAUCGACCACCAAAGCCGCCAGAGGUCAGUGAGGUCUCGCAAAACCGCCUGGUACAUUCCAGGCACAAACAGAAAGGAUGAAAAACGGAUAUAACUUAACAAUCAUGUGCUACACAAAAAUAUAAAAAACGGUCAUAUAAAACAGUCAUGUGCUGCAUAGAAGGACAAAGCAGUGUAUGUUUUUUAAAAUAAAUUGUCUGAAAAUAAAUAAAAUUACAUCAAAAUUUUGUUCUAAAAAAUAAUGACAAUUACAUCAAAAAUUGUUUUAAAAAAUAAAGAAUAUGCAUAAAAAUUAAAUUAUCAUGAAAAUAAAUAUUUUAACCUAAACAAAUCAAAAUAUAAAGAUGAAUGUAUUAGAUUUAGGGGUAUUAUGAUUAGGGUAAAAAUGUGAAUUGAGAAUGAAAAAUGGUUGUUUAGUCCAUGAAGGCUUGAGAGCCCAUUCCAACGGCCCAUUUCUUUUUCUUUUCCUCGUCCGCACGCCAAUGGCCCACUACUUCUUCCGAUUCGACAACGACAGUCAGCGUAUCAUUCGUUUGCCGUCCUAGUUCCAAAUCCUACUGUUCAGCAUCAAUUUGGGCGGACACACACAAUCACACAAACAAAGCCUCCUUCAGCAAAAUAACAACAAGACGAUUUCCCGCCCUCCUUCGCUCUACAUUCCGCCACGUGUAGCCCCUAAGGCCGCUCCCUUCCCCACACCAUUUCUAACACAGUACACCAACUCUCUCUCUCUCUCCACUGUCCGUAGCUACUUUCCGGUGCGAGAGCGAGUUAGAUAUUUUCUCUCUUUCUCUCGCUCUUUAGCGGCGAAAAAGGCGGUCCUCUGCGCUCGGUUUCGGCUGCGGUUCCGUUAUGGACGCGGCACCACGGCUCGUCUAUGGCGGAAUUGAGCCUCGCUCGUUCGCUUCACUCACUCAUUACUCCAGAGCUUCUGUCAGACUGCCGGCACGGCGGAGAAUCAGCCGCGUUUUGGCAGUAGCGACCGAGCCGAAGCCGGCGCAGACUGGAACGGACAAAACACCGGCGAAUUCGGACAACGGCUCCGCCAAGCCCGGGCCGUCGAGAGUUCUUGCUAACGGAGCUUCGUCCAAGUCAGCGCCGAAGAAGCCCGUCAAUGGAGUUGCUUCCACUAGGAUGGGAGAAGUUUCACAGGAGAUCAAAAGAGUGAGAGCGCAGAUGGAAGAGAAUGAACAACUGUCAAUCCUUAUGCAAGGACUUAGAGGCCAGAAUUUGAGGGACGAGCAGUUCGCCGAUGACAGUAUUAAGCUUCGCUUGGUUGAGGUCGAUGAAAGCAGCGAGUUUCUGCCCACGGUGUAUGAUCCUGCCACCAUUUCCGCUUACUGGGGGAAACGACCUCAAGCUGUUGCAACACGAAUUGUUCAGUUGCUCUCGGUGGCGGGCGGUUUCCUGUCACGUAUUCUUUGGGAUGUGAUUAACAACAAGGUCAACGAGAAUCAAGUGGCUAGAGCUAUUGAAUUAAGAGAAAUUGUGACAUCGUUGGGUCCAGCAUACAUUAAACUCGGCCAAGCAUUGAGUAUUCGUCCAGACAUACUGUCACCCGUUGCUAUGACUGAGCUGCAGAAGCUUUGCGACAAGGUUCCUUCAUUUCCAGAUGACAUAGCAAUGGCACUUCUAGAGGAAGAGCUUGGACAACCGUGGCAGAAUAUCUAUUCUGAACUUUCUUCUUCUCCAAUUGCUGCUGCCUCAUUAGGACAGGUAUAUAAGGGUCGUCUAAAAGAAACAGGUGAACUUGUAGCUGUUAAAGUACAGAGGCCAUUUGUUCUCGAGACAGUCACAGUUGAUCUUUUCGUCAUAAGGAACCUAGGCUUGUUUCUGCGGAAAUUUCCUCAGAUCUCUGUCGAUGUUGUUGGAUUGGUUGAUGAGUGGGCCGCUCGCUUUUUUGAAGAGCUAGAUUAUGUCAAUGAAGGUGAAAAUGGAACUCUUUUUGCCGAAAUGAUGAGGAAGGACCUUCCGCAGGUUGUUGUGCCGGCAACUUACCUAAAAUAUACUAGAAGAAAGGUUCUCACAACACAAUGGAUUGAAGGAGAGAAGCUUUCGCAAAGCACUGAAAGUGAUGUUGGAUCAUUGGUCAAUGUUGGAGUCAUAUGUUACUUGAAGCAGCUACUAGAUACUGGAUUUUUCCAUGCUGACCCACAUCCUGGGAAUCUGAUUCGCACACCAGACGGGAAGCUGGCUAUACUUGACUUCGGUCUAGUCACAAAACUAACUGAUGACCAGAAAUAUGGUAUGAUCGAAGCUAUUGCUCACCUCAUACAUAGGGAUUAUGAUGCAAUUGUCAAAGAUUUUGUCAAACUGGGGUUUAUUCCUGAAGGGGUUAAUUUGGCACCCAUUUUACCGGUAUUGGCUAAGGUGUUUGAUCAGGCACUUGAAGGUGGUGGUGCAAAGAAUCUCAACUUCCAGGAGUUAGCAGCAGAUCUUGCACAAAUAACCUUUGAUUAUCCGUUUAGGAUACCUCCUUAUUUUGCACUGAUAAUAAGGGCGAUAGGGGUUUUGGAAGGCAUCGCUUUGGUGGGAAAUCCUGAAUUUGCCAUUGUAGAUGAGGCAUACCCAUACAUUGCACAGAGGCUCCUCACUGAUGAAUCGCCUCGUCUGAAAAGAGCUCUGCGUUACAUGAUUUAUGGGAAAUCGGGUGUAUUUGAUGCCGAAAGAUUCAUUGAUGUCAUGCAAGCCUUUGAGACUUUCAUCACCGUAGCCAAAAGUGGAGGAGGAGCGGAGCUGAAUGGGGAUAUGGCAGAACUAGGCAUCAUGCGAACUGAAAGUGGCGUCUCCUCUGCCUCAUUCUUGCCUGCUUUUCCAUUUGCACUGACCCAACAACCUACUCAACCAGUUCAAACAAGGGCAGCCUUAACCUUUUUGAUCUCCGAGAAGGGGAACUUUUUCCGAGAAUUCCUUCUUGACGAGAUCGUUAAGGGUAUUGACGCAGUGACGAGGGAACAAUUGGUACAAGUACUGGCACUUGUUGGAUUUGGAAAUGCUCCUCCUGUCUUUAGCAUGGUUCCUAGACCCUUCAGACCACCAGCAGCUUUUCUCCCCAGCAUCACCGAGGAGGACAAAGUCAUUCUCAACAACGUCCAGAAGGUUGUUGAGUUCCUAACUGCCGGGAGCUCGCUUUCAACCACAUCCACUCAGGGGGGUGCCAAUACAGCCCAGAUUGUACGCGAGCUUCUUCCCGUUCUGCCUGGCAUAUCAGCCAGGGUUCUCCCUGAGAUUAUCUCACGCCUCUCUUCCAGAGUCGCUGCUCGCAUAAUUCGGGAUGCGUUUUUGUUGCAGUAAUUAGUUCAGAUGUAAACAUUUGACUAGUUCAUGUACAUAAGUUAGCUAACACGAGAUACCUACAAAUUACAAUGAGCAUCAAUUGGGAUAGCAAAACAGGAUCUAAACUAAAUAGUUGAGGAAAGGAGAGAAAGUAGCCGUCUCCUAUUCUGUACAAUUUCGUAUUCGUGUAGAAAGACAAGCAUAAAAGCAUUGAUUUAUAAUUGGGCCGGACCUGCUAGUCACCUUAUGAAUUGGGCCAAAAGAAUUGAACUGAGGAUUGGGUAGGGGCCGCGCGAACGCAGGCCCCCGCUGCCACAAAUUAUGACGUAGGCUCUUCCACUUUGGGAAGACCUUAGCCCAGCACCCCUCCGCAAAGUGCAAUGGAGGUCACUGGCCUAGACCACAGGCCUCAUUGAUCGCCCGUUGAUCCCGUCCAGGUAAGUAUGUUGCUCAGUAGCAAUUAGUUCUUAUUUUAUAGCCCUUCCUCCCUCUGGAACUCUUUCAUGCUAGCGAUGUGGUAUUCCGACUCCCGCUUCUGAACCAUCCUCCGGCCCUCGUCUAACUGCAACUCUUCGCUCACACCAUUAAUGGGAGCUUAGUUGUUUGCCUUCUCUGUUAGCUGACUGAGAAAAAAAGCUUUUCAAAUUGCAGUCUUUUUACGGAGACACGAUUAAUAACCUGCAAAUUUUGAUUGAAGUUGACAGCUAACGGAGUCUUUUCUUCCAUCAGUUGGAAUUCAAGAAGUAAUGAUAAGAAAAUCUCUUUCCCACUCAGCUUCUUUCCUCCAACCGAUUCCUUCCAGGUUCAACAUAAGGUUUUCUGCAUUACUGCCCCCGUCGCGUGGUCCGAUUCGAGUCAAGGCCAGGAGGGUAAACCAGAUGUUCUUUGAGUUAAACUUUACUUCUUCCACUCUUCAUUCAGUUUCCUUGCAGCCCAUAUUUGGUCCAUCAGAUCUUAUAUUUCCCUUUCCUUGUUGUAUAGGUGCAUCUGUAUAUCGCUAAGAUAGCAGGGGGGAAGCUUUACAUGUCUUAACCAGGUUGGUAUUCCUUCCACGUCAGCUUUCUCUGUGCCUAGAUGGUUGUGUGAUUAGUUUACCGAUGUCUGCAUAUGAGAGCUCUUAGUUAUUGCUGGAAUAUUUCUGGCCUGUCUUUUGUGACUUUAGACGAAUAGUGUCACGAAAGUUUAUUUUGUUUUUUUGCUAAUGGGGAACCUUUAGUUCUCAGGAGACAGGUUUUGCAUCAGGAACACAAAGAACGAACUAACAAAAGAAGUUCUCUGAUGGGUAUGCUUCACCUUCUCGCUCAUCUUUGUUAUCAUGGUGAAGCACGUUGCCAUUAUGGAAGUUCCAACACUGUAUAACACCUCAGUUGGAUAUGCAAAGCAUGCUGCAUACCUGGUACUUAAUUGAAUUUCGCUUUAGUGAAAUCAUGCUGCAUUGGUGUUGAUGAAAGCCUCUGGUAUGCAGGAGUGUGAUUCCAGAAACCAUAAACUGGGGAGGAUAGAGACUUGGACUCGAACAAUUUGAGCUUUGGCAGGGGCAACAAUCUCGAUUAUGCGACAUGUUAGUUGUUUUAUGUUUGGUUACCACUAGAAGAUCAUCAGCUGGUUCCUUCCUUCUCAGUUUAGCUCCCUCUAAGAAGGAAGUGGAUUUGGGAUAACAAAGCAGGAUAGAUGCAUUAUCUAGACCAGAUAGUUGAGAUUGAGAAAAGGAGAACAAGUAAACUCCUAUUCUAUAC